AUGCCGUUCGACAUUCUUUCAUUUGCCUCAGGCCAUAGGAGGUCGGAAAAGCCGCGUCCCGCUCGCACAAUAUCCGACCGGAGACGUGAGCAGAAUCGAAUCGCGCAAAAGACUUACCGAGACAAAAAGAGGAGCUACUUAAAGCAGCUCGAGACAAUCGCUAGAGGAACAAGAGCUGCUCCCACUCCUCCAUCUACGUGUAGUGACGAGUCCCGUUAUAACGAUAACUUGGGAGAUCAGAGCAGUGGUGUUGGGCUGGACUUUAUCAAUCAUGAUACGCAUGCGGAUAGUACCCUUCUCGGUCCUCCUUUCCCUCACGGUUCCGCCUCAGAGCGAGAAGCUGAAGAUGAGAUGGGACUAUCCAGCUAUUUGCCGGGGCUGGAUCCGUUUGAUCCUAUGACGACUACUUCAGUUAUUGAAGGGCAGCCUGGAGCUGAUUGUUGGAAUGAUAUCUCUUCAAUCUUUCCGGCACUCAAUCCUCCUCUCGAAGCCGAUCUAAACGCCGUCCCUGGGCAACCAGAAAUGACACAUCAAAAUACGAACAGAUUCAUGGAGACCAGGCCUUCACGUAAUCAUGAGGUGAAUCUGCAGGACUCGGCAUCUACCAUCAACCAGACUCAUUCCAGUUCCAGUAAACUGGACAAUGUGUUGACGUCUAAAGAUCUUAUGAACCAACGGCUCAGUCUUCAAGAUAUUCUGGUUGCAGGGAUCCGCGCUCUUUCCGAAGAAAACCAACACCAAAAAGAGGAAAUGUCAAGCUCUGCCUCACCACUUAACUUGGAAGGCAAUCCUCAACAAAGUCGAUUUUCCUCCUACACAACGUCUUUGGAACAAACCCCACUCGCGGAGAUACAUAUGAACACGAUUCAACUUACAACGAUGUCAUUUGUCGCAGCAUGCCUCGCCAACGCGGCAAUGAUUGACCUGUCACCCGAAGCCCUGUUUGACUCGACAUCACAAUCACCUUUUUACCAGAUGCGAACGACAAAGUCUGGAAGGCUUGCCCAUGUGAAACCCUUACUUCAACCUUCUUCCACGCAACUCGAGAAUCCUCACCAUCCGUAUCUUGAUGUCCUUCCAUUUCCAUCUUUCCGAAAUCGAACAAUUCAACUAUUACAAAUCCAGCCUCCACCAUUCGAUCCCGCUCAGCUCUGUCAGGAUUUGAAAAAUGACGGAAUCAUCUGUUGGGGCUCGACUAGGAGAAACAAAAGAGACCCGAUUGGCUCGGGAGUUCCCUGGGACAUUCGAAGCUGGGAGGUACGGCCGUGGUUUCUGCAAAAGUGGUGGAUAUUGUUUGAUGGCCCAGAUGGCGAAAUGUAUCAGCAUAGUCGAUGGUGGUGUGAGUUGAGGGGAGAACGCUCCUCGUUCCCAUGGUAA